UGUUUAUACCUACACACGUCUCUUGGUCGGCCAGUGAAAAAUCAAAUAAAAGUCGUCCAUAUUUCUAUUGCGCUGUAUUCUAGUAAAUAUUGAAUUUUUUAGUACGCGCGUGUAAGUGAAAUUUUACAUUGUGGCCAAGGUGACGCCGUACCCGAGUAUGACUUAUUCCGGAAGGAAUAAAUUCGAAAUCGCUCGGUUCACGGGCGAAGAUGAGAACCAUAUAAACAAGAAACUGCCCAAGGAGCUACUGUUACGGAUACUGUCAUAUCUAGAUGUAGUUUCUCUCUGUCGCUGCGCUCAGGUUUCUAAGCUAUGGAACAUAUUGGCAUUAGACGGCUCCAACUGGCAAAGGAUAGACUUGUUCGAGUUCCAGACAGACGUCGAGGGGCCAGUUAUAGAGAACAUAUCGCAUCGAUGCGGCGGCUUCCUGAGGCAGCUCUCGCUGCGUGGCUGCGAGAGUAUAGGGGAUGGCUCCAUGAAGACACUAGCACAGUCGUGUCCAAACAUAGAAGAUUUGAAUUUGAAUAAAUGCAAGAAGAUCACCGACCAGACCUGCCAAGCUCUGGGAAGGAGAUGCAACAAACUACAAAGAAUAAAUCUAGACUCGUGUCCAAGUAUAACGGAUAUAUCAUUAAAGGCUCUCUCAGACGGCUGUCCGUUGCUGACGCAUGUAAACGUGUCGUGGUGUCAGUCGAUAACGGAGAACGGCGUGGAAGCGCUGGCCAGGGGCUGUCCCAAACUGAAGAGCUUCAUCUGUAGAGGUUGCAAGAAUGUAAAUGACAAAGCCGUAUCGUGCCUAGCUACGUACUGUCCGGACCUUGAGGUGCUCAACGUGCAGGGCUGUGAUAGCCUGACGGACGAGUCGAUCUGCAAGCUGGGCGGCAGCAUGAGGCGGCUGUGCGUGUCGGGCUGCGGCCGCCUUACGGACGCAGCGCUGGCGGCGCUGGCGGCGCACUGCCCCGACCUGGUCACCCUCGAGCUGGCGCUGUGCAGCCACCUCACCGACGCUGGCUUCCAGGCGCUCGCCAGGAGCUGCCGCCUGCUGGAGCGUAUGGACCUGGAGGAGUGCGUGCUGAUCACGGACGCUACCCUGGUGCACCUCGCGAUGGGCUGCCCCAGGCUAGAGAAAUUGACGCUGUCCCACUGCGAGCUGAUAACGGACUACGGCAUCCGGCAGCUGUCCAUGUCACCGUGCGCUGCUGAGCAUCUCACUGUACUAGGACUGGAUAACUGUCCGCUGGUGACGGACGGAGCGCUGGAGCACCUGACUUCCUGCAAUAAUCUUCAACUGAUAGAGCUGUACGACUGCCAGCUGGUCACCAGGAACGCCAUCAGGAAACUCAGGAACCACUUACCAAACAUCAAGGUGCACGCGUACUUCGCGCCGGUGACGCCCCCUACAGGUGGCGGCGGCGCGCGGCCCCGCUACUGUCGCUGCUGCAAUAUCAUAUGAGGGGGGGCGGAGAUUGAAAUAUCGUAAGCAGCCAACUGCUUUUCGUCCUAUCCUCAUCGCGGGAUGAGAAACUCCGGUCAUCGGACACCCAACCAGAAAUAUUGCAUUUACUAUGGCCUCGGUUUGUGGCCAUAAUUGACAAUGGUGGCCUCAGUACGCCUCAAAUAGCCUGUUCUGUAGAAUUUAAUAAUGUUUGUAAGUCAGUCAACUAAAAUCUUACAGAGAUAUCACUGUAAGAAGCUGAAUAUAUAUUCCGUACUGCUGGAUUUUAUUCCGUACUGCUGGAUUUUAUUGUGUACUGCUGGAUAUUAUCCCGUACUGCUGGAUUUUAUUCUGUACUGCUGGAUAUUAUUCUGUCUCCAUUAAAGGAGGAUUUUUUCAUUAUAUAUCCUACCAUUACUGGCCACGCGCUUUGGUAUAGUAUGUUAUUUAGAAUUUUCCAUAUCAUGGGUGUACUAAACUAUGUUUUGUUCACUUAUUCACCUAAUGAUAUUCCGGUGACGAAAAGGAAUAGUGACAUAUCAUGUUCCUACUUCGUCACCACACUACAUUUAUAAUAUUAAAUACCACUUAACAUAAUUCAUAGCGCACAACGCCAUCUAGUUUCGAACUGAGCAAAGCUUGGGUACUGGACAACUGAUAAAAAUACUGUUUUGUUAUUUCAACAACGUAUUCAUAUAAUUAUUUCUGGUUGGGAGGGGCAAGGGGGGAAGAUAACGAAUUUUCGAAAGCGACACGCGACUUAGUUGUACGCAUGUAGAUACCAGCCUUAUUAACAAAUAGAUAAUAAUAUUAAAUGAUAUUGACAACGGUUAGAUUGAUAGAAGCGAGCCUCUUAUGUAUAUAUUAAAAACAAACCUAUUUUUACAAUUGUCAUGUUUUCCAAAUUUAAAAUUUGGCGCUAAAAAGAAAAAGCAAACUUCAAUAGCUAAAAAUAGGUUUAAAAACUGCUGUGAAUAUGUAUUAAAUACAUAAAAAUAUAUUACGUGUAAGUCGUUUAUUUAUUGGACAAUAAAUAUUAAAUAGUUUGUACAUAACAGUUUCAUAUUGGAAUGUCUUCUCGUUUCAUAUUUAAUUUAAUUAGAGCUUGAUUUUUCAGUCAAGUUUAAUUUUUUUUUAUUUUUUUUUUUAAUAGCCUAAGUUUUCUGUAUUAUACAACAUGAGAAUUUUUUAAGAGCACAGUAGAAGGAAACAUAGAGGGCAAAAGAGGAAGGAGAGGACUGAAGGGAUAACUACAUGGGACAGAUAAAGGAAACACUAGGUGUAAUGUCGUAUAGGGAGGUCAAAGAUAUGGCCUGUGGGAUAGAGCUGGCUGGAAGAGGAUGCAUGAAUUUGUUGCACCGAUAGGAGGAAACUCUUAAAUGGAAAGAGGUUCGAUAUAUUAUAGUGUACCAAAGAAAUAUUCCACCUUCGUAACUAUACAUAGUCGCGAAAGCGGAAUCGUGUUACGAAAUUAAUUGGAAACUGGGAAAAUCGUAAUUUUGAAAUUUUUAUUUUAUUCAAUUUUUAAUUAAAAAUUAUUGGAAACUAUAAUGAAAUUUAAAGUUUUUUUUUUUUAUUUAUUUUUUAGAGUCGUAAUAAAUUUAAUACAUUGAACGCUUGUAUCAAUCUAAUCGUGUUAAGUAAUUUAUUUUAACAAAUGCCUUAUUACUGUACGUACACGCGGUGUGUGUGAAGCGUUAACCUUUUUUUUUAUUUCCCAUCAAAUCACAGUAUCUGUCAUUCGCAAAAUCAUUUCAAGUGUGAAAAACAUGUUGAUUCUAAAUUACAAUUAAACGCCAAUUGGCGUCUAAUAGAAUGUUUCCUUUUUUAAUUUGAAAAAAUAACUUUUUUUUUUGUAUUUUUAUCUGGACAAUUUUGUGCCUGAAAUGUGUAAUUUAAAUUUGUAAUUUCUUACAUUCACAUGAAAAAUUUAUGAAAGGUCAUAGCGUUUACAAAAUACAGUGUGUAUGUACAGUGACUUAUUCGCUAUGCCGAAUUUGUACUCUUAAUAUGGACGGAAAGACGAUUAGGUCUUAUAGACGUACGAGAGCACGUCUGUGCGGUUAAAUAAAUAAAUAAAAAAAGAACAUAGUCAUUAGAAAAAUUGGUGAAGUUUUUUUUCUACGAAAGUGAUUUUUUAAUUUUGUAUAAUUGUAAUAAUAGAACCGCCAUCGUAACUGAGGCGAUUGUAAUGAUAAUAAUUAUAAUAGAUUACAGGAUCGCUGGUUCGAUUCCUGUUUACAAUUGUAAGUUACAUUUAGUUAUUGUAAGUUAACAAACUUACAAUAAAUUGCGUCCGAAAAAUAGGACGUGGCGUCGCUAUGCCGAUUCAUAUUUCAGUUAAAAUAAAACGGUGGAACAUAUCAAAUUAAAAUAAAUAUUUAUACGGAAACACGUAUAAAUAUAUCGCUAAACGUGUUUGUGGUGUGAUGUGUAUUUUUUUCUAGAAUAUUCUAGAAGUAUUAGGUUCCAACCUUAGAUUAUAUAGGUAGAGCGUCGACCCUCAAAAACGGCUCAACUGUUUGUCAGCUAAUUGUCAAAUUAUCUGACUCGUUUGUUGUAUCAGUGUUCUAUAUACUUACGCACACAAUGUACCUUGACGUGUCUAUAUUUAAUUAUUUAAUAAAUAAAUUGAGUUGUUACAUAAAAAAGAUGCAGGAAUUAUAAGACAAAAUAAAUAUAGAAGUUAUAAAGGAAUCACUCGGUAACUAUUUAUCACGCAAAAUUGUAUGAAAAAGUUGAUCAAUUUUUCUCGUAUCAUUUGUAUGGAGACACUCUAUCUAUAUAAUUUUCCAGGGUUACAUAUGCCUUUCUGUUGAUAGUUUCAUGGCCGCGAGAACCAAAAGAUAUUCGAACUUGAAAGAGUGAAGAUUUCUUUUAUAUGUCUUUAUCAAUAAAACUAAAUGAUAACGUAAACUAUGGAGUAAUCGACCCGGCCGCAAGACAGGCCACUGAUGUCCAGCAGUGGUACAUAUAUAGUUAUAGUAUAUUUUAUGUACGUAAAAAUAUAUUAAUCCCCUCUCGCGCCACCUGCCCACUUCUAUCUGCUCUUUAACCAAAGGUUGUCUGUAAGAGAUUGCCCUAGCGAUAAGACUGCCUUUUGUACCUUUAUGUGUAUAUUUCAAUCUGUAUUUAUGUUACUGUAUUUCAUUUGAAUUAUUCACUUGUCAUUGUAUAUUUUUGUUUAUGGUGCAAUAAAGAGUUAAUAAAUAAAUACUACAAAUCAAACGUCGAUCAAGCAAUUGGACGUUUGGAUUUGUCAUUGAUUACAUAUAGUGUUCCUGGGAUAAUACCGACAAGACUGGGUUACAUUCUCAAAUAUUUGUAUUGGAAGAACCUAUAAAAUAUGGGUGGGCAAUAUAUAGCAAUAUCUAUAUAUUUCAGCUACAAUAUCUAUGUACUGGUUCAAUAACGUAUAUAUUAAAAGUCUGUUAUACAAAAAAUUAUAUUGGAUAACAGACUUUUAACAUAUUCGAAAAUAGAUAUCCGACCGAUAUGGGCGAUAUCGUGACGGCUGAUGACCUUUUUCCGCCAUCAAUGUGCAGAGAAACCCAAUAUAUAGAUACCGGAACGGUAUCCAUAUUAUCGGUAUCCAUGACUUAUAUGAAGUCGUCUAUUCUCUGUUUACGUUACAAUCUUCUUUAAUUGUAAAAAUAGUAACCAGACUGGAUUACGUGUGUUUUUGUAAAGUAAAUAACCGGAUUUAUUAUUUUUACAAUUAAAUAUAUAUAUAUAUAUAUAUAUAUUCUUUAUUGCACAAAAACAUACAGUAACAACAAUAAGUUAAUAACAAUGUUAGCAAAGGCGAACUUAUCUCUAAAAGAGAUUUCUUCCAGUCAACCUAACGCAGUGGCAUAGGAAGUAGUGAGUGGGCAGUAGUAGUGCAAGACAGAAAUUUAAAUAAAUAUUUAGAUAAAUUAUAAAUAAUUAUAUAUAUACACACAUGCAUUCACAUAUAUACAUACAUACACAUACACAUAUAUAUACAUAUACACAUACGAGGUCUGUCCGGAAAGUUCGUAUAAAAGUGUUCUGGAAUGCGAGAAAGAGGAGUGGGGAGGCCAGGUAAGCGCAGGACCCCUUCCUUAUGUCCCUAACAAUGCUUCAGUUCUGGUCUGACCGCCGUGCGGUGCGAACUGGCUUGUCACGCCAUCUGUGAAGUUACCUCUUAACGAAACCCCGUCGGCAUGGAGCCCGCUUCCGUUGAAGAGCAGCGCGUCGUAAUCAAGUUUCUCUCGAAACUCGGCAAGAAUGGCCGUGAAAUUUUUGCCGAUCUAAUUCGAUAAGACAUCCGGGGAACCACGAACAAAAAAUCAAGAAAAUCCCGCUCAAAUGUCAAGACAAUGUUGAUUGUUUUUUUCGAUGUUCGGGGGAUUGUCCAUCAAGAAUUCGUCCCUCCAGGCCAGACAGUUGAUGGAAAAUUCUACGUCGAUGUGCUCAGACGCCUCAAAGCUCGUGUGGCACGAGUUCGUCCAGAAUUGGCGCGAGAGGGGCGUUGGAUUCUUCACCACGACAAUGCCCCUGCCCACACCUCUCUUGUUGUCCGUGAGUUUUUGAGUAAAAAUUCCAUUACGGUGACCGAACACCCCCCCCUAUUCGCCGGAUUUGGCCCCGUGUGACUUCUUCUUGUUCCCAAAAACCAAAUUGGUACUUCGGGGGCGGCAUUUGGGGGACAUAAAUGAGAUAAAAAAAGCUACGACGGGGCAGCUGAGAAACCUACAACCAGAGGACUUUCAAGGAGCCUUCUCACAGUGGAAACGGCGUUGGCACAAGUGCAUUAUGUCACAGGGGGAGUACUUUGAAGGGGAUAAAAUUGAUUUACCUGAAUAAUUGUAAAAUAAAAUUUUUAAAAAACUUUUAUACGUACUUUCCGGACAAACCUCGUACACAUACAUAUACAUACAUACAUACACACGUUAAAUACAACAUAUAAAUAUCAGAUACAAGAGAACACAAUGAUGACAGUCCUCUAAUCAUUUUUAUAUUUAAAUUAAAUUGGAAAGAUAAAAUGAUUUUAAUCUUUUUUUGAAGGAACUGCUAGACGAGCUAUUCUGAAUAUUCACGGGAAGUUUAUUCCACAGCUGUACAGCACGAUAUGCAAAUGAGUUACCCAUAAAAUGGGUUUUACAGCUUUAAAUAAUAAAUUUUGUAACAUUUUUUUUUGUUUUUAUUAAAGAAAGACAUAUGUAACAUUCUGUUUGGACACAUGGUGACCACAAUUACAAUUGUGGAAGUUACAAACUCGGCAUAUCGAAACAUUUACAAUUGUUUCACCGGAAUAGGUAAAGCAAAUUUACUUUGUAACAAUAAUAUAUCAAGGUUAGUGUCUUGUUGCAUCUAUUAUUUUACUAAGGGACGUAUUACACUAUCAUAUAUAUAUAUAUAUAUAUAUAUCUAUAUAUAUAUAUAUAUAUAUAUAUAUAUAUAUAUAUAUAUAGUGUAGCAAUUAGCUAUAAGCUAACCGCUCGGUAGCUUCCCACAGGGAUCGCAGGUACGAUUCUUGCGUCUGACUGUUACCAUGGACCCAUGGAGGCGGGUUAUUUUUUGUAACUUUUUUUUUUUCAAAUGUGACACGACACUAAACUGUUAAUACAUAAUAAGAACUAACUAUGUAUUCUUAGUUUAAAAUAAGACUGUUAUGUAAAGACCGAUCAGAACAUACACUUUAUUUGUUUAUUCAUUAAAACUCCACUAUCCUGUUAUAUAUUUAUUUUAAUAAAUAAUAAAUAAAUCUAUUUCAGGUACAUAGAUAGAUAGAUACUCUUUAUUGUUCCCUCCAGAAGAUUACAAUAGUAAACUUAUUAUAGAUACAAACAAUUACAAGAAAUGAUCACAAUGAGAAAACAAUGGGCGACCUUAUCGCUAAGAGCGAUCUCUUCCAGGCAACCUUUGGAUGGAGAGGAGUAAUUAUAAACAGUUUGAUCGGAGGCACGAUGAAAUUCUAUUACUUGUAAAUAUGGAGAUGUAAUAAUGUAAUCCAUAGUUUACAUUCACUAUAAUAAUAAUUUCAUCAUCAUCAUCAUUCAGCCUUUAACCGUCCACUGAUGAACAUAAACCUCCCUCUUGGGGGGUUUUACCAGUAUUUGCCACGCUUGGCAGGUGUAUUGGCAACUACAGUCAGGCAUGUGAGUUAAAAUAGCAAAUAAAUCAUGAACCCUGUUCUCUGCGAACAUGCCACAUACACUGAAUCGCCAUGGCAAGUUGAGUAUCGCUCGGAAUGAGUUAAACUUUUGUCAAUGUGAAUUAGUAAUAUUGGCGUGCAAAGUGCUAUUGUUUGUUAUUAACACUGUAAAAAUAUCAAGUUAUUUUUUUUUUUUACAAUUUUAGUAAAACAAAUUAGUUUUUAUAUAACUAAAAAACUUCAAUCAAUUUUAUUGGAAAUUAAACAUUGAUUCAUAUGUACAAUUCCAUCUCUUCUAACUCCUCCCUCUCCCGCCCUCUCCCCCUCCCCACCACUUACCGUCUCUGUCUUCUCUCAAGUGGAGUUAUAUAUAUUUAUGUAUAUAUGUAUCCAACGUUCUGAUUGGUCGUUCAAUGUGAUUUAUGUAACUUUUUUAUAGAGUGCAUCUAUUUGUAAGGGUUAACGGUUCUCGAGGCUUUAAGAAGGGGCGCGGUUCGAAUCUGACUAAGUUACUAUAGUUACAAAACUAUAAGACAAAUUCACACUGACCGCAUGACGAGACCGCGUCGUGCGUCGCGUCUAGUGUGAAUCAUACUUUAUAUAUUUUGAAAUAAAGAAUUUGACCAAAAUGUUACUUAACGAAAUUUUGUUUUUAAAGUAAAAUAUAUUUUAUGUAUACUUUAUUGGCAGUUUUGUUAUUACAAGAUCAAGGGUUGAACCCUUAACCUUUUUAUUAAUAAAAAACUAAAACCUACUAACUUAUUUUGAUAUUUUAGUAUUGUUAUUUUAUCUCAAGUCGAUAAUUUAGAAUCAAAAAACAAGACUUCAGUAUCAAAAAAUGGAUUUUUAUAGAUAAGAUGACCUUAUCAAGUUUUAAACAUAUAUGUGGAUUCAGAAGUCACAAGUAACUUUCACCAAAAUACAUAUCGAAAAUAUAGUUGGUUUUAUGGAUGAAAAUUAAAUGGUAGCAUGCUCUAUCGGUAUACGCUGGCAGGACACCAGUAAGGGAUGACAGGUGAGAGCAGGCAGGUCAGUUGACCCUUCGUGACAACCACGUUGAUUCGCAGGGAUCACAUGGAAGUUGACCGGCUAAUCUUCGUUAGUGACAAUCCUUCUAGUAAACAAAAUUAUUUUAUGUAUAUUUUAGUGGAAAUGAUGAGUAAAAUAUACAGAAGAAUGUCAAAGUCGUAAGCAUCCUUUGAAGGCAUUGUUCUACCAUCAAAACUGUAUAUUCUUUCAAAAAUUUUUUUUGGUUUGAAAUAUAAUUUCGAGCCCCUUGCACUAACAUGUCGCGUUUAUCUGUCAGUGUGGAAUGGUUUAACCGUGUCAGUCGUUAAAUGACCUCUGUUGAACAUAGGCGUCUACUUAUGGUGACCUCUGUUGGCUCAACAUAGGCCUCUACUAAUGGGGGGGGGUUGAUAGUAGUUGCCACGCUUGGGAGGCAGAUUGGCAAGUAAGGCGUAGUUAGGUUUUGGUGAUAUUUUAAAAGGGGCACUGCUGCCUAUCACCUGAACAUUAAGAUUCCUUAGUCGCCUCUUACGACACGCACGGGAAAGGAAGGGGUGGUCCAUUCUAUGCCGGGACCACAUAGCAAACGCUUUAAAUAUUUGCUUAUUUUGACCUUUGGGUAAAAUGAUCACUUUCGUUGGUAAAACACUCUUCGAAGGGUGCUUACUAUUUCGACUUCAAACAUUGAGGUUAAUGUAAAGGAUUCCAAAGAAGAUUCGAAUCUUGCCCCUAAUCUGUUUGACUGUUUAUCUGUAUAUAUGUAUCUAAUAUUCAUUAUAAUAAUUAAAGUAACCCAUUCCUUAAAACUAGUGUUAGUAUUCAUUAAUAAAGUCAUUAAUUUUUUUUUUUCUAAUAGUAAAAUCUUUUUUUUUUUAUACAACUUAGAAUGGCAAAUAAGCUGACGACCCACCUGAUGGAAAGUGGUAACCGUCGCCUACAGACACAAGCAUAAAAAAAUCAAAUUUUCAAAAAAAGAACACCGUAUUUGUACCAACAGCACUACAUAAUAUUAAGUUUGUACACACAUUGUACUGUGUAGUGCUCUUGAUACAAGACACAGCUUUUUUUUUUCGAUAUUCUUUUUAGUUUAUGGUAAUACAGUGAACGCUCUAUAUAAGCAACAUUCUUUAUAUUUUAUUUCUUCUACUCAAUGUAGUUAGUAAAAGAAAUAAGUAAAAAUAUUUUUUCAGACGGUAAGUAUUUUUAUACUCCUUUUUCCCCUAUAAACAAAUUUUCCCAAUAAGAAACUUUUUUUUUUUUUAUUGAAAUUGGUUCAAAUCAGUUGUUUAUAUAGAGCGUUCACUGUAUUACCAUAAACUAAAAAGAAUAUCGAAAAAAAAAGCUGUGUCUUGUAUCAACAGCACUACACAGUACAAGGUGUAUACAUACCCUAAUAUUAUGUAGUGCUGUUGGUACAAAUAUAGUGUUCUUUUUUUGAAAAUUACUUUUUUUUUAUUACAAAUAAAAACAAGUUUUCUUUUUUCGAAUUUUUUUUUUUAUUACAAAUAUUUUUCUAUGAAUUGUUUUCUGAGAUAAUAUUAACACUUAACGUACGGGUCGAAUCUGCUCUGUUUUAGUUUCAGGGAAUUUUUAAGGGAAAUUAAAUAAACAUGAAUGUAUGUACUUAAAGCGCUGUAACCACAAUCAAGCUUUAUUAAAUCAAUAAUAUUUCAUAAUAGUAUAUAUUGAAGCGUUUAGUAUUUUCUAAGCGUGUUAUAUAUUGUAAAAUAUUCAAUGGAAGGUAUGCAGUGAAAAAACGUAAAUUUACAGGGUGCGUCCGUUAAAUGUUAAUGAAUAUUAACACAAAUUGUAAGGAAUGGGUAACGUUAACAUACUGUAUUAUAUACAGGGUGAUAAUUGAAAACAGUAUUGUUAUAAGGGACUGUUCUAUCAAUGAAACUACAUUUAUAUGUCUGCCCAAAAAAUAGGUUGUAAUAUUUGAGUAUGUUUAACUCGCCAUAACUUCUAAACGCCUGAACAGAUUUGGAUGUAUGUAUGCAUAUCGUUAGAAUCUUUACGUCCUCCCAAAUUACAUUGGCUAUAAUUUUAAAUAAAUUCUUAGAAGGCAAUCGUGUUUUAUAUAUAUAUAUAUAUAUAUAUAUAUAUAUAUAUAUAUAUAUAUAUAUAUAUAUAUAUAUAUAUAUAUAUAUAUAUAUAUAUAUAUAUAUAUAUAUAUAUAUGCAAAGUAAAAUGUACUUGUCACCUAAGAUAUAGGUCGGUGGAGGACCAAAUCAUUUUAGCCUCCCAUACUGACACAACCUGUCAAAUUGUCAGUAUGGAAGACUCAAAAUUGUUUGUAAUUCUUCAAUCCAUAUUUCUUUUAAUGAAAAAGUUAAGUUUCGACGGUAGAACGCUCCCUUCAAACGACAUCAGCCUGUUUAAGUAGGUAAUAAAAGGAGUUUUGCAAAUAUGAAGACGACGACGAAGACGGGUUCAGUACAUUAUAUAUUUACUAUAUGUAAACAUAGAGUGAAACUCGUACAUAUGUAUUUUCGCAUCUACAUCUGAAGGUAAGGUAAAUAAUAUAAUAAGAAACAUUAUGUAUAAGCUUUUAUUAAAAUGAAUUAUUAAAAAUGUACAACUGUU